AUGUCCUUCGAGGGAGCCAGGCUCAGCAUGAGGAGCCGCAGGAACGGGACCCUGGGCAGCACUCGGACCCUGUACUCCAGUGUGUCUCGGAGCACCGAUGUGUCCUACAGUGACAGUGAUAUGGUGGAUUUUAUUCAGGCAAACUUUAAAAAACGAGAAUGUGUCUUCUUUACCAGAGACUCCAAGGCCAUGGAGAGCAUAUGCAAGUGUGGCUAUGCCCAGAGCCAGCACAUUGAAGGCACCCAGAUCAACCAAAAUGAGAAAUGGAACUACAAGAAACAUACCAAGGAGUUUCCGACAGACGCCUUUGGUGACAUUCAGUUUGAGACUCUGGGGAAGAAAGGCAAGUAUAUCCGCUUAUCCUGCGACACAGACUCCGAAACCCUGUACGAACUGCUGACCCAGCACUGGCACCUCAAAACACCCAACCUGGUCAUUUCAGUGACUGGUGGUGCCAAAAACUUCGCUUUGAAGCCACGCAUGCGCAAGAUCUUCAGCCGGCUGAUUUACAUCGCACAGUCUAAAGGUGCCUGGAUUCUCACAGGAGGUACUCAUUACGGUCUGAUGAAGUACAUAGGCGAAGUGGUGAGAGACAACACCAUCAGCAGGAAUUCAGAAGAGAACAUCGUGGCCAUUGGUAUAGCAGCCUGGGGCAUGGUCUCCAACAGGGACACCCUCAUCAGGAACUGCAAUGAUGAGGGCUAUUUCUCAGCUCAAUAUAUCAUGGAUGACUUCAAGAGAGACCCUCUGUACAUCCUAGACAACAAUCACACCCACUUGCUGUUGGUGGACAAUGGAUGUCACGGACACCCCACGGUGGAAGCCAAGCUGCGGAAUCAGCUGGAGAAGUACAUCUCUGAGCGGACCAGUCAAGAUUCCAACUAUGGUGGUAAGAUCCCCAUCGUGUGUUUUGCUCAAGGAGGUGGAAGAGAGACUUUGAAAGCCAUCAACACCUCCAUCAAAAGUAAGAUCCCCUGUGUGGUGGUGGAAGGCUCAGGGCAGAUUGCCGAUGUGAUUGCCAGCCUGGUGGAGGAGGAAGAUGUUCUGACCUCUUCCAUGGUCAAAGAGAAGCUGGUGCGAUUUUUACCACGCACUGUGUCCCGGCUGCCCGAAGAGGAGAUUGAGAGCUGGAUCAAAUGGCUCAAAGAAAUUCUUGAGUGUUCCCACCUACUCACAGUUAUUAAGAUGGAAGAGGCUGGAGACGAGAUUGUGAGCAAUGCCAUUUCCUAUGCGCUGUACAAAGCCUUCAGCACUAAUGAGCAAGACAAGGACAACUGGAACGGGCAACUGAAACUUCUGCUGGAGUGGAACCAAUUGGACCUUGCCAGUGAUGAGAUCUUCACCAACGACCGACGAUGGGAGUCGGCUGACCUUCAGGAAGUCAUGUUCACGGCCCUCAUAAAGGACAGGCCCAAGUUUGUCCGCCUCUUCCUGGAAAAUGGCCUGAACCUGAAGAAGUUUCUCACCAAUGAUGUCCUCACAGAGCUCUUCUCCAGCCACUUCAGUACCCUGGUGUACCGCAAUCUGCAGAUCGCCAAGAACUCCUACAACGACGCACUCCUCACCUUUGUCUGGAAGCUGGUGGCAAACUUCCGUAGAAGCUUCUGGAAGGAAGAUAGGAACAGCAGGGAGGACCUGGAUGUAGAACUCCAUGAUGCAUCUCUCACCACCCGGCAUCCCCUGCAAGCUCUCUUCAUCUGGGCCAUCCUUCAGAACAAAAAGGAACUCUCCAAGGUCAUCUGGGAGCAGACCAAAGGCUGUACUCUGGCAGCCUUGGGGGCCAGCAAGCUUCUGAAGACCCUGGCUAAAGUCAAGAAUGACAUCAAUGCUGCUGGAGAAUCAGAGGAACUGGCCAAUGAGUAUGAGACCCGAGCAGUGGAGUUGUUCACUGAGUGUUACAGCAGUGACGAAGACUUGGCAGAGCAGCUACUGGUCUACUCCUGUGAAGCCUGGGGUGGGAGCAACUGUCUGGAGCUGGCGGUGGAGGCUACAGACCAGCAUUUCAUCGCUCAGCCUGGGGUCCAGAAUUUUCUUUCUAAGCAAUGGUAUGGAGAGAUUUCCCGAGACACAAAGAACUGGAAGAUCAUCCUGUGUCUAUUUGUCAUCCCCCUGGUGGGCUGUGGCCUUGUAUCAUUUAGGAAGAAGCCCAUUGACAAGCACAAGAAGCUGCUCUGGUACUAUGUGGCCUUCUUCACGUCGCCCUUCGUGGUCUUCUCCUGGAACGUGGUCUUCUACAUCGCCUUCCUCCUGCUGUUUGCCUACGUGCUGCUCAUGGACUUCCACUCGGUGCCACACACCCCCGAGCUCAUCCUCUACGCCCUGGUCUUCGUCCUCUUUUGUGAUGAAGUGAGACAGUGGUACAUGAGUGGAGUGAAUUAUUUUACCGACCUGUGGAACGUUAUGGACACUCUGGGGAUCUUCUACUUCAUAGCGGGUAUCGUUUUCCGGCUCCACUCUUCUAACACCAGCUCCUUGUACUCCGGGCGAGUCAUUUUCUGUCUGGAUUACAUUAUAUUCAUCCUAAGGCUCAUCCACAUUUUUACCGUUAGCCGGAACUUAGGACCCAAGAUUAUAAUGCUACAGCGAAUGCUGAUCGACGUGUUCUUCUUCCUGUUUCUCUUUGCUGUGUGGAUGGUGGCCUUCGGCGUGGCCAGGCAGGGGAUCCUUAGGCAGAACGAGCAGCGCUGGAGGUGGAUCUUCCGCUCUGUCAUCUAUGAGCCCUACCUGGCCAUGUUUGGCCAGGUGCCCAGUGACGUGGACGGUACUACAUAUGACUUUUCCCACUGCACCUUCUCGGGAAAUGAGUCUAAGCCUCUGUGUGUGGAGCUGGAUGAGAACAACCUGCCCCGCUUCCCUGAGUGGAUCACCAUCCCUCUGGUGUGCAUUUACAUGCUCUCCACCAACAUCCUGCUGGUCAACCUCCUGGUCGCCAUGUUUGGCUACACAGUGGGCACCGUGCAGGAGAACAACGAUCAGGUCUGGAAGUUCCAGCGGUACUUCCUGGUCCAGGAGUACUGCAACCGCCUCAACAUUCCCUUCCCCUUCGUCGUCUUCGCUUACUUCUACAUGGUGGUGAAGAAGUGCUUCAAAUGCUGCUGUAAGGAGAAGAACAUGGAGUCUUCCGCCUGCUGUUUCCGAAAUGAGGACAACGAGACUUUGGCAUGGGAGGGCGUCAUGAAGGAGAAUUACCUUGUCAAGAUCAACACGAAAGCCAAUGACAGCUCAGAGGAGAUGAGGCAUCGGUUUAGACAACUGGAUACGAAGCUUAACGAUCUCAAAGGUCUUCUGAAAGAGAUUGCUAAUAAAAUCAAAUAAGGCGGGUGAGUGCUCAUGGAGAGAAACCAGAUUACAACAAGCUUUGAUGAUAAAACAUCGUACAAACAAACCAAGUAAGUCACCGUCUAUUUCCUUCUCACGUCCCUCCCUGAUGGCGGCUCCAGGGCACAGUUCCCUACAGGGUCUGUGUAACAUUUGCCAGCCUUACAGCCAGCUUCACAUAUUGAAAUGAGGUCAUACUGACCUAAUAUUUGCUAUUUUUUCUUCCUUAAUACUUCAUCAUAGAUGUUUUUGUGGAAACAUGCUUAAAAUGUCCCUUAUUCUUACGGUUUCUUAUGUCUACUGCUGUAGGGUAGGUAGAUGUAUGCUGAUCCCUUUCUGUUAACGGAAAAGGUUCCAAGAGGCAUGGGAGGGUUUUAACAACAACUCAUUUGCACAAUAAUGUGUAAUUCAAUUAAUUGGCAACAUUGGACUCAAGGCUUUGCUCCAGCAUCUCGCCAUUUGUUUUAAUCGUAUUUUCCCAGAACCUGUCCAAAUCCUGAGACCAAAUGUUGAAAAUUUUGGGAGCAUGGGGAGGUGGGGAGAGAGGGGCACAAUUAUGGGCAUUCUAUUGGUCUACAAGUAAACUGUAAGGAAUAGAAACACAGUGAAGAAUUCCCUUCUCCGUUGGUAUUGGCAGUGUGGCAGAAGGGUUAGGACCAUGUGUGCUGGCCUCUUGCACUGACCUCUUCCCCUGGUCCCUAUUGCUGACCCCUCACAUCAAUGUCGAGCACCGACCCCCUCAUACUGACCAUUUGCACUGACCCCUUGCACUGAUCCCCUCACACUAACCCUUUGCACUGACCCCUCAUGCUGACCCCUUACACUGACCCUUGCACUGACCCCUCACGCUGGCCACUUGCACUGACUCUUCACGCUGGCCACCUGCACUGUCUCCCACUGGCCCCUUGAGCUCAUCCCUUGUGCUGUUCUUUGGCACUGGCCUCCUGUGCUGCCCUUUGUGCUGAUCCUUACCUGCAGGAAGCACCUGAACUGUAGAGUUUUCCUCUGCAGGGUGGUCAUGCUGCAGGGAAACGCUGGGGUCUUUGGCCGUUCGUCCGUGUUCUUUGAGCCCUGGCUGUCCCAGCUCGUAUCUGCAGACCUCCAUGGAAGACUCACACCUUACAGAAUCUGAAACUGAGUGGCACCUCCUGAAUGUGCUGAAGAAUUCAGCCUUGAGCACUCAGGAGGAGCCCAUUUCAACACCUUCACGAUGAUGCUUAAUUUAAAAAAUUAAAGUUUAAAAUAAACUGCACUUUGGAUUUUGAAACAGUUUUUCUUAAUGUAUGAAUUGGAAAAACAGGAAGGAACAGACAAAACAAUUCAAAUGAUAAAAAUAAAUCUAAAUGUGACUAAAGAGUUGAAAUAAUCACAAAGGAUUCAAAUCCAUACUAGUUCACCUGCCCAGAAAGCUCUGAUCUCUUCCUUUCAGGUUUUUGACUGUGAGAUGGACAGACAGACUGGCCUCUGACCCACCUACCCUGCACUUAGCUUUGGCCUUGGUUAAUAUGUGCAGAGUUGAUGAAAGGCUGAAUAAAAAUGACUUUCAGGGUGUGAUAUUUACUCUUGCAUGUAUGCACCAUGUACUGUGUGUACACAGUGUAUGCACCAUGUAUAUGCAUGUGAAAAAGAAAGGCAGGAUGGAGAGAGAAUCUAGGAAAACAAGUAUCAAAGCCAGGUGUGGCCGUGGCACUGGUGGAGGUAUCUCCAUCACUGGGGAGGCCGAGACAGGUGAAUCUCUGUGUUUGCUGGCCGACCAAAUCAGAGAGCUGUAGUCUAUGGUCUGUGAGAGACGUGGUCUCAAAAGGUGGGCAGCGUCUGAGGAACUACACUGGAGACUGUCCUCUAAGUUCCACAUGCAGAGGCACACACACUAACACACACUAACAUAUACAUUAACACACCUAACACAUAGACUGGUACACUAACAUAUAUUAACACAUACUAAUACAGUAGUAUUCACUGACACAUACACAGCCAUAUACGCUGAUACACCUACCGAGACACACCAACAUACAUGAACACACACACUAACAUGUACACUGAUACACUAACAUAUACUAACACACAAUAACACACUGACAUACACUGUGAAGCAGACUAACACACAAACACAUGUUAACAUGCAUUAACAUGCACACUUACACAGAAUAAAAACACUAACACAUACACUGACACACACACAGAAGAAAAUAUAUGUCCCGUGAAUUUCACCCAGUGACAUCUUUAGAGACAAUGAGUUUGUCAAAUGUGAUCUUUGCAUUCUUUUUACUUCCAGAUAAGUUCUUGAUGUUCAUACCCUUAAGAAAAAGCUUUGCUGGCCGCCAGCCCUAAGUGUCUCAGACUCUGGUCUCUCUUGGUUGGUUCUGCUUUCUCUAGAGGGCUGGGGUCAUCGCCUUUCCCUCGGAUGGUAUGACAGGCAGAGAAUGUCAGCCUCGGAGGACUGAGAGCUGGUACAGGGUUGGGCAGGCAGACGGGUGUUUAACACUCCUCCCAUCUCCAUCCUGGUGUCAGUUUUUGGUCCAAUUCCUUGUGCCUGUUUUUUCUUUCUCCUACACCAUGGCUGGAAGUAAGACUCCAGAGCAAGACUCGACAUUUGCCUUCUGUACUUUGUACCUCGGGAGCAGGCAGCCUCUCCCAGAACCACGGGGUGGGGAGGGGGUUGGGCAUCCUUGGAGACGGCCUGUUUUCUAGAGAACAGGCUCCUGGUUGCAUCGUUUCAUUUUCUUUCUGAAAAAGGAAGCUUUUGAUGACCCUUUGAGAGUCAUUUGAAAACUGCAGUUUGAUCAAUGUUUUGGUUUUCAACUUGAUUAUUCUAUAUUUUUGAUUUCAUGGAGCAACCGCUGAGCAAAGAAAGUCCUUACUGGUUCUCUGAGACUUCACUUGGGUGAGUUGGGGCUUGCUCAGUGGACCUCACAGGGCUCACCCAGGCAGACUCCCAGACUCUUGGUUAUGGUGGCAUACUCAGACCUCUUCCCAGCAUAAUUUUGAAACAAGCCUGGCUAUCAGCAAGUGGAGGUGUGGAACUUACUCGGAGUUCACCAUUUUCUUGU